AUGCAAACAACCUCCGAGAAGCAGCAGCAUCAGACCCGACAAAGUGAGCAAACCAUGAUCACUGUGGACUACUAUGAGACCAUGAAGUCCACUCAUUGGGACCCCAAAUUCAAGGAGCUCGCCUGUCGGCUCACGAGAGAACUAAUCAAGGUCAAUUAUUCACGAACUGGCAUGACUGCUGAUCUCUGGUCCUUAGCCACUAUGAAUCGUCUUCACCCACCGGCUACCGGAUCGUUACUUCCAUCUACUACCAAUGUAUUACUGGAUGCCUUUGGAUUAACUGAGAACGGAACUAUGAGGGGAUUGAGCAAUUCUACGGUUCCGUUGUCAUACGUUCAUUGUGAAACCGUGCUUAUGUCAUUGAAGCAUCCCACGCCAACAAAUAACACCAUCAUCACCCCAUUGUUUCAGCCAGCCUCAGGAGCACCAUUCACUGGGACUGACCCCAGGUUGUAUGCCCAGGUUGUGCACACACCAAAUGAAAAUUUGAUCAUCAAUUCACAACCGAUACCGCGUCCGUUGACGACGAAUGAACAUACAAAUUUUUCCACUCAUACACCUUUUACCCCGGUCAAUCUGCAAAGCUCACAAACAAAUCAUGCGAAUUCUCUUUUCAAAUCAUCCUUGAUGAAUCUGACAUUCGGAUUUCCGAAUGGAACAACCCCGGGAACAGCGCCACUAAAUAAAAAUGUGCUACCAAAUCUUCCGAUCAGUUUCGCAACCACACUUAUACAACAGCUGUUGGUCAGCAGCGGUCAACCUGUUUGUCCGGCAGAACAACAGAUGUUUCCUCAUGUGAAUUUGAAUCAAACAUUUUUCUCACCGGCGGCACCACCCACAGGGCUUUUGGGUAUGUCAACAAAACCAUGCAGUUGGCCAGUUCCCUUGGAGCCAUCCGUAUCUCCUCUGUUCCUGUUGCAACCCUUGGCCAGUGCGACCUUGGAUUCAGUCGCUACAUUAUGCACACCCCAAGUUGGACAAAUCAGUUUACGCCAGACUGCAUUACCGUUGCCCAAACAGUCACAAAACGCAGAGCUCAAUGCCUUACAUCAACUGCGUGCAGCAAUGGANUGA